UAGUGUUUGUUAAAAUAAUUUACAAAAAACUAAAUCGAAACAUAAUUCAAAUAUCGAUAAAAAGUGUAAUCGGUAAAAUGGCUAAAUUGAUUAUGAUUUUAACAAUUUUAAAUUUCGCGCCAGCUAUUUUAGCUGUACCCGCAUCUUCAUCAACUGGAAAGUCGUCAAAUUUGUCUGCUGAUUUCAUUAAAAAUUUAAAGAACACAUACCCAGCUUUACAAAAAGAAUCUAUGUCACUUUCUGAUUCAGGAAAAUCUAAUACUACUGUGCCCUUAUCGAUUAUUUCUGAGAUUGUGUCCAAAGCCAUAGAUAAUUACAAAGGGGGAUCAUCAUCAACAUCAAAACCUCCAUCAAAUCUAUCGGAAUUAAUAAUAGGAUUUAUAGCAAAUGGUAUCACAACAGGUUUAAAAGCAUUGUUAACACCAGUGGCAAUUUUGCUUAUAAUAAUAAUAAAUGUCGUAAAACAAUUGCUGCAAGUUGUGUCAUGGAUAGUUGAUGCAUUGCUUAAGACCCUUCUCGAUGGAUUAGGUAUGGGCGAAUUAAAAACAUCACUCGUUAAGCUAUUAACACAAGUAGAAGAUCUCGUUAACGAUUUACUGGAUACAAUCGAUGACUUGUUGGAACAAUUGAGCUUAAUUAAAGAUUUCGAUAAAAUAACCAGUGGCAUGAGUCGUAGAAAACGUGACACUGCAGAAUUUACUUUGAGACAGUUGUGGAAAGGUAUUAAACUAUUUUUAAAAACCGGUAAAUUUGCCGCCUCUACGGCAAUCAGCACUGCAACGUUACCGGUAACUUUACCACUUAAAGCGGCUAUGUUGCCAGUUAAAGUUGCUGCAGUUCCGGUCAAAGCAGCCGGUAAAAGUUUAUACAAUCAACUUUCAAGUUAAUUUUAUUUUUUAAAAUUAUCAAUAGAAAAUUGCAGUAAAAAUAUCUUUA